CCGCCAUUUUCUUCAUUACAUUCUUCUUCAAUUGUAAAUUAGCUCCUCUAUUUCAUCUGAAUUUCGCUUCUGCCACUCUGGUUAUGUUCACUGCCGGUCGCCGGAAAACUGAGAGCCACCUCUCCGUACCUGCUCUCCGCUACCGCCGCAUCAGUUAAGUUUAUAAUCUCUACUUAUAUAUAUAUAUAUAUCUAUAGCGUUAAUGCCUUCUCCGAGAAAUCACCGGAGAGGAGGUAGUGAGGAGAAGAAUCGGAAAGGAAAGUUAUCGGAGAAAUCCAUGUCGUUUCAUGGACAGAGCUCGGAGAGCAGUACGUCGGAGUUGCUACGAAGGCCUAGAACAGUACCGGAUUUGCUCUCCACCGGUAGAAUUUCAGCCGGAACCGGUUCAUCGCCGGAAGUGAAGGACAAAUUGAAGCUAACGAAGUUACUGUUGAAUGUUACGAUUCAGAGAAGUACCGGUCCUGUACAGGUUCUGAUUUCGCUUGAAUCGACGGUUCAGGAUCUUAUCUCCGCCGCACUCCGGCAGUACUCGAAAGAAGGAAGACGUCCGGUUCUUACCUCUGUCAAUCCCACCGAUUACGAUCUUCAUUACUCGCAAUUCAGCUUAGAAAGUUUGGAUAGAGAGGAGAAACUGAUCGGAUUAGGUUCUAGAAACUUCUUUCUGUGCCCAAAAUCGUCAAAUUCCGCCGGUGCCGGUGCUGGUACCGGAACGACGUCGUCUUCAUCUUCUUCAAGCUGUGCAAAGCAAGCUGAUAAAGCUACUGCUACAAAGAUUUCAUUGCCUUGGCUCAAAUUCAUGGAUUUCAUGCGGUGAAGAAAUUAUACUCCAAUUUUGUCACUAACAAGGCCUUCUCUUUCGGUGCUAGGCGAGGUUUGGAACCCUACCAUCUAUUCUAUAUGCAUCUCAAUUGCUUCGCACCUCUGCUUGAAAACCUCCAUACAACGUCCCUUGUUUUGUUCUAGCCGCUGGGGAAAUCAGAAUUUUAAUUCUAUUGAUUCUGAAAUUUAUAACGACAAUUUCAAAUAUUAAUAAUUGAGUUUUAAACUUAAUAUUUGUACAUAUUUAAUAAAAUUUUAAUACAAAUAUAUUAAUUGAGCAAAA